AUAAAGGAACAUUAUACAGCCGUCAAUAUGCCACGGUUUCACAAAGUGGAAAUAAACAAAACAGAAUGGAUUGUACCAGAGCGUUAUCAAGGGCUUACACCUGUGGGUUCUGGCGCAUACGGUCAAGUUUGUUCUUCUAUAGACACACUGCACAACAUGAAAGUGGCCAUAAAGAAGUUGGCUAGGCCUUUUCAAUCAGCAGUGCAUGCAAAGAGGACUUACCGCGAGCUCAGAAUGUUAAAGCACAUGAAUCACGAGAAUGUUAUUGGUCUUCUAGAUGUAUUCAGUCCUGAAAAGACCCUGGAGGAAUUUCAGCAAGUGUAUUUAGUAACUCAUCUCAUGGGAGCUGACCUGAACAACAUAGUGCGUACACAGAAACUCUCUGAUGACCAUGUCCAGUUCUUAGUAUACCAAAUCCUUCGUGGCUUAAAGUAUAUACAUUCAGCUGGGAUCAUUCACCGGGACUUGAAACCCUCAAAUAUUGCAGUAAAUGAGGACUGUGAGUUGAAGAUCCUUGAUUUCGGUCUGGCUAGACCCACUGAAACCGAGAUGACUGGAUAUGUUGCUACGAGGUGGUACCGAGCACCAGAGAUCAUGCUAAACUGGAUGCACUAUAACCAAACUGUCGACAUCUGGUCGGUUGGGUGUAUCAUGGCAGAACUACUCACUGGCAGAACUCUGUUCCCAGGUUCUGACCAUAUCCAUCAAUUGAACUUGAUUAUGGAGCUUCUUGGAACCCCAGCUCAAGAGUUCAUGCAGAAAAUAUCCUCCGAGUCUGCUAGGAACUACAUCCAAUCGUUACCAACAUUGAAGCGGCGCGAAUUCACUGAGGUCUUCCGCGGCGCGAACCCACUCGCUAUCAACCUUCUUGAGCUUAUGUUGGAACUCGAUGCCGACAAGCGCAUAACAGCAGAGCAGGCGCUGGCGCACGAGUAUCUCGCACAGUACGCUGAUCCAACUGAUGAGCCGGUCUCCGCGCCGUACGAUCAGAGCUUUGAAGAUAUGGACUUACCUGUGGACAAGUGGAAAGAGCUCGUGUGGAAAGAAGUAGUGGAGUUCAAACCCCAUCCUCAACACAUGAACACAGUCGUCGAAGUCAACCCCUCGUAAUUGCACAAAAUCGCAUCGGUAACUAUUAAUUAAAUAUAAUUAUAAUUAUAUUGUUUAUUAUAGAGUUAACUUUUACGAAUUUUGCGAAUACCUACAGUGAGUUAUUUUAUCACUUGUCACCUGCUAAAAUAUACUUUAACAUACUGGUCGUUAAAAUGGUUCUCUUAACCUGUUAUCUAAAACAAAAAAUAAAGUGAUAUAUUCCAAAAAUCCCCAUAAUGGUGUUAGAUGUAUUUAUCCACUAAUGACUAGCAGCAUAGUAUGUUAAGGCAGUUGAGAUUUGGGAAAUAAAGUAUGAUAAUGGGGAUUUCUGGAAUAAAACUAACCCUCUGUAAAUCAGAUGACAAGUUAUAAAGUUCACUAAGCGUGAUAUUGGCACCUAUUUUUUUUAAGAUAGUUCUAAGGUGUUGCUUGUACAGCUUGUGUCUACAACAGAUGAUGAAGUGAGUGUAACUAUUUCAAAGCGUAGGCGCAAUAUUUUUUGUAUUAUCGUACUAAACUGCGGUAUGACGACGACCGAUUACAUAAAUGUAUUUCCAGGUUUAUAUAACGUUGAAAUGAUAUCUUCACAUGUAGUGUCGUUAUGAACGAUAGAGUUCGAGUUUAAUAGGAAUUGAAGAUAUUUUAUAACAUACCGUCCCUCUCGUCACUGACUUUAGUAUUCAAUAUUAUUGUCAAAACUGAGUAAAAGUUACGAUCAUUUUUCAAAAGCGAACUUUUUCCAUUAAUUAACGAAUUUUAUGACGAGUUUGAUAUGAGCCACAACUCAAAAUGCACUCAAAAUUCGGCUUAUACCGAAAAUACUAGUGAUGCAAGGAAGUGAGAAGUGUCAUAACGGGAACAGAUGCAUUAAUACACACGAAACUGAAAAACGCGCGUCCCGUCACCAUGCAAAUUCACGUGCACACUCUGAUUCAUCGAGAACGUUUUAAAGUUUUGUUAUAUAAGCUGCGGAAGGAGACGGUAAUACCCGUUACUCAAGAGAGGAACGUUGUACACUUUACAUAUUAUUCGAUAUGUUAUUCAUAUUAGUACAUUGUGUUACAAGGGCGGUAAGUAGGCAAAUUACGAACUGAGGGAUAUUUUUUAAUGGCCCGAACAGAUGUAAUUGCUAUUCCGCCCGUGUGGCAUACAACAUUUUUAUCACACUUGCAACGAAGUUGAAAAUCUUUGA